AUGGUAUCAUUUAUAGCCAAGCCGCCGACAACAGCCCCACCCAUGACAGUCGGGACGGACUGCCGAGAUGACCCCAGCUUCCCGUGUGCCCAGUCAGCUGGGUCAAUCUGUAGUGACCCUGACUUUUCGCUCCAGACCUGCCCCAAAACGUGCGGACACUGCGGGGGAUCCACCGUGGACUUCACGACAGAUAUAGACAUGACCACCCCCGAUUACUCUACGACCCCGCCCCUCACGAUCAAGGUCGACUGCCAAGACGACCCCACGUUCCCCUGCACCACCCCUCACAUCUGCGACGAUACGGACUUCGCCACACAGACCUGCCCCAAGACAUGUGGACAUUGCUAA